AUGUCAGGCUCGUUUUUGAAGUCCACCGGUCCAUCCAGGUGGCAUAAUGGAGCUUCCCGAACGCGGAAAACCUCCUUUGACUAUGUUGCGUUGGUGGACCAAUUCCAGCAAGAAGAGCUAAGCCAAGAAGAAUUGUAUGAAAGCUCUGUCCGGCCCUUUAUAAACCGGUGCUUACAAGGAUGCUCCGGCAGUAUAAUUACAUACGGAGCUAGGGGCAGUGGGAAAUCCUAUACGCUUGGCACCUUGGACCCACAACAGCUCUCCUUGGCCGCCAGGGGCAACGGAACCCCGGGCGUGCUUUCCAGGUGCACGCAGCAACUAUACGAGUGGCUCGGCGAGGAUGCCGCCGUGGAAGUUACAUGCGUGGAGGUACAGGGCGACGACAUUGUCGACCUAUUGGAACAGAGGCCAGGUGCGUCGGCAUUCAACAAGGCAGCCGCCACCACCAUUGACGGCCUCAACGGCGGGCCUAGCAGCACCAGCGUUGCACCAGGUUGCGCCAGUCCGGUCUCCGCGCUCUCAAGUCCACAGGCAGGGUUCUCUCGCAGCCCCAUUGCUUUUGCAGCGGCAUCGGCAUCGUCCCGGCGAAAGCCACUUACCGCUACGGUGGUGCGAAACCUCGCAGAGGCCCUGCUGACGCUCCAGCGAGCCGUGUCGAACCGGCAAGUCUUUUCCACGGCCACCCGUCACAACAGCAGCCGCACGCAUGCCGUCUUCCAGCUGCGUUGGCGUAACCCCGCGGCGCCGGCGGCUACCGGCGGCUGCGGCUGCGUGGCGUCAGCUGUAACGGGCGCUGCUGGCUACGGGUCCUGUGGUGGGGCUGCCCUGCGGCCCUUUAGUGCGCCGCCACGGUCGGCGCUGACUGGUGCCCCCCUGGGCUCCCCGCCGCCGGGAACCCGGGUGCCUGACGGCGGCGGUAGCGGUGGACCUGUCUGCACACUGACGUUGGUGGAUACGUGCAGCUUCUGUCCGUUGCUGCCUCCGAAGGAGGCCUCCGCCGUGAAGCGGAGCCUCCUGGCGCUCGGUCGCGUGCUCAGCGCCCUACAAAGGCGCCAUUCGAUGACGUUGCGAGAGAGCAAGUUGACGCGCAUGCUGGAGGGUGCGGUGGACCAGAUCCUCCUGUUGGCUUGUAUGUGCGGCGUGGGUGACGAGUCCACGGUGCAGCUGGUCAAGACGCUGCAACAAGGUUCGCAUAUGCGCGACAAUGCCUUGCGGCGCUCGCGACGCGCAAGCUCUUCAGACUCGAGACAAGCGUCAGGCGCUUGGGAAUCCGCUGCCAGUCUAUGUGCUGUGAGUGCAGUAAGCCUGGCUGGUGUGGCCGGUCUGGCGCAACACGGCGUCGUUACCGGCAGCACCGCUGACGCAAUCGGAACGCCGCCAAGGGUUUUGGUUGGCAAGGCCGCGGGCCUCGGGCCCAGCCGUGCCUUGUUCCGCUCACCAAAGUCGCCGCAUGGGCAAGGGUACGGCAUCCAGCGGGCGGCUGCGGAGCUGACGGAGCUUCCACUGGCACUUAGCACCGUCCCUAGCGGCGACGGGAAAAGUAGCAGCGGCGGCGGCGGUACGGACACGGAUGCGGUAGCGAUGCCGCCGAUGUCGGAGAGCUCUCCUGGCGAGUCGUCGUCGUCGCCCGCUGCAUCAAGCCGAAGCGGUGGCGGGGAUGGCGACGGCGCCUCCGUUGCCACCUCGGCGGCGGUGCUGCCGCUGGCUGCGGCAGCGAAGGCCGGCAGGCCCGAGCCUCUAACGAUCGACGUCAUGAGUACAGACACGCUGACGCUGUGUUCCCCAGGCGCCACCGGUGUCGCAGCUCCCGAGAGACGUACACCGCUGUCCUCGGGGUGCCGUCGCGCCGGCAGCGCGAUUCCCAGUCCACCGGGGAUGUCGCCUGUAGGUCCGUCGGCGUCGCGGCUGAGCGGGACUCUCAGCUCGCGCGAGAGGCCGGCGUCAGUGACGGCGCGCGCAGCACCAGGACCCGAAGUACGGCGGUCCCAGGGAUUUUCGGUCCUGCAGGGGAAAUGGUCACCUCCACCGCCUCCCGUGUCUCAUGCCAACGACAAGACCUUCCCCAUCGUUCCCUGCUGCAUCGCUUCUGGUGCCUCUGCCACCGGCCAGUCUCUGUCCCUGAUGCGAACCAAUGCCGCGAUCAGCACCGACUCGGGCGUGCCGCUGGCGGCUCCAGGGAAGCCAGCAGCCGCCCGCGGCGGUAUCGGAACCAGCGGAACCCGCGGUCGCACGUCGCCUGGCCGGGGCUCCUUGGCCAAGUCCGGUGCCUCGUCGGGACGGGGAUCAUCCGGUUCGGCUUCAGCUUUGACGGCUCUCAGCCUGACAGCCGCGGCAAAGCGGCCCUCGGUACGUGCCUCUCCGUCCGUGAACAGCGCAACCCUGAUUUCGCUGGCGGAGGUGCCGCCAACGCGGCUUACCAGCACGCGGUACGACAAUACGAAUGCCUCGCACGACAGCACCCACGAGGGCAUGGCUACGGCUGCUGCCUCUGCAGCCUCGGCUCUGCUGACGGAGCCGCUGGCCGACGGGCCGUCGGCUUCCCAGAUACGACUAUCGCUUACGCUGCGCAAUCAGACCGAGGGCGCUGCCCUGGGUGGUGGUGCUGGCUUGGCGGCCGGGGCCAGGGCCAGGAGUGCUAGUGGUGUUUCGUCAGCGCUAUCGGUGAAGCGCUCUAUCAGCAGCGGCACGCGGUGGCCAUCACCGCUGCUUCGAGCUCGCAGGACGGAAUGGCUUGAGGACACCCGGCGUUCACGAAGCGCACUCCCCAGGUAUAAGGGGGCGCCGGGGACAGAUUGCCAUGUGGGAUGUAACGAGUGGGAUCCGCCCGUCACGGAAAUCCCGGAGCCGCAACCAGACAGCGCCCUCGGACCCCGCAAGCCACCAGAUGGCUUCCGCUGCGCACCGAUGAGCCGACCCACGCUUUCUGCCCAGUAUAAGGACUUGCUGCUCGACUUUGAGGCCUCCACACCUCAGGACUCCGCAAGGCCCGUAUCCGGUAGCUGUGCCAGGCCGCCGCCGGUGUUUAGCCGCGCUCAUUCACCCACGGCAGAUGAGGGAUUACUGAGCUUGACAGCGGCUGCAGCCGCUGCUGCCACGGCGGGGGGCAGCCCAAGGACGGCGGUCAGUGUAGGCACGCCGCCAUCAGGCCGGCCUCGACCCGGCGUGAGCCGCGGUUCAGGCGCCGCGAUGUCGCCUCGCCUGCUGCGCUCCCCGGAGCGCCCCGCAACGCCCGUCUCGCCGACUACCGUGCUCGAUAUGAGCCGCUUGUUUGCGGCCAAGAGUAGCCCGACAGCGGCAGCGGGGACACAGCCGCCAUCAUCACAGCAGCCCGGCAGCGGCCGCGGGCCCCGCCUCAGCGCCGGUUCCGCCAGGCAGCUCGCAAGUGGCGGCAGCGACCGUUACAAGCGCAUGGUGGAGGAUGAUGUAGAUUCUGUUCGAACCUCGGAGGCCGAGGGAGAUUCGGAGGGGGAACGGGCGCACAGUGAUGCCGUGUCGUAUCCCAGCGGAGACUCGGACUCGGACCGCGACAACUUGCUCGGCCCUGGCGGCCUUGAAAACCUGGGCCUUAUGUUGGAAGCAGGCGGCAGCGUCGCUGCGUUGCACGAUUCGAUUAGUCGACAAGGGGAAAGCUCUGUGACAUCGCCCGCCGGCAGCAUGGCAACGCCGGCGUCGCAGCGGCGUACCAGCGCGCGCUCUGCCGCCACUGCCACGCCUACCUCAGUCAGGAUCUGCGCUUUACAGGCUGCAGGUGCCCGGCGCGGUUACGACCGGAGACCGGAUGAGGAGCUUCCCGCUGUCUCGUUCUUUAUCCCCCGGUUCACGCCACGCGGUGACAGCUCAAACGCGUCUCCUGCCGGGGUUCUGCGCUCGGUGGCAACAGCGCCGGUGGCUACGGCGCUCGCGGCGGCGGGGACCUCUAUCGCUGGGGUCAGCGCAACUGGUGCAGCAGCACAAGUUACAAGUACCUCUGCUGCUGGCUCUAGACCGAGGGCGCAAACCGGUGGAACAGAGCUGCUCACGGUACCCGUGGAGGCCGCCCAGGAGGCCGCCUGUUCGGGCGGUCGGCAACUGAACGCUGGUUCUGGAGCACGUCGUACUCUAGCGCCAGCGUUGCUGUGCGCGGACAAUCAGUCUCAACCUGAAGCCCAGCCUGAGUACGAGGAGGCCGCCGCCGAGCUGCAGCCGCGGCGUGAGCGCGUCUCCGGGGCCGUUGCGGCUGGGAGUGCUCCAGGUGCGGUGGCGGCGGCAGCCGCCGCCGCGGUGGCGCAGCUCGCGCAGCUUCAGCUGUUGUACAUUGCGAGGGAUCGGGUUAGCGGAAGCAGCGACGUGUUGCAGGGCAGCUGUACGACAUUGCCGGCGGACCUUGACGGCGCUACUGCGUGCAAAUACAGUGAUGGUGGGCAGGCGCUCCCGCCACCAUCGCAGCCUGAGGAGGAGGAGGAGGAGGAGAAUGAGGAGGAAGUGGAAGAGGCUGCGUUGCAAGGAAAACCGCUGGAAGGGCGGUCCGGGAGUGCUCGUGCCUCGCCCUACAGGAAGAGACAGGCAAAGCCGGUAUUGUCGACGGCCGUUAUGGGCAAGGCUGCCCUAGGCCCGCCAUCCCACAGCUCAAUUUCCUUGCGCCAGCUGCUCCAGCAGCAGUUAAUGCAGCAACGCCCGGGGCGGCGCACGGCGGGACGUGUGGCGGCGGCGAUAGCGGCAGCCGCAGGACCUAGGAAGGGAAGUCCGAAGCCGAACUCUCCGGCCCAGGGCUACACUGCGCCGACGCCGCAGGCUGCCGCUGGGCUUCUGGCGCAGCGCGCGGUCGUACGUCCCAACCACAUGGAUUUGGACGAGCAUUCGACGGUACUCCUAGUGGAUGGGGACUGCGCGUCAGAGUCGGACGCAACGGUGUUGGCGUUGGCAGCGGCGAGAGCGGCGGCGGCGGCGGUCCCACGGCGUGCAUCUGCAUGGGGGAAUCAGGUUACCCAGGCCGGUGAUGCUGGCAGCGCAGGCACUGCCGGAGGGGUCAGCGCUGCUGGCGGCGAUGAUGAUGUAUCAAAGACACACCUUGUCGUUAGCGGCUGUCCCCCGUUGAGUGCCCCCAGUGUUCCCCUGCCGGAGUCGCCCUUUGCAAUCCGCAUCACGAAGCGCUCCCCACGACAGCCGCCGCAGCUUCCAACGCCCUCGAGCCUCAGCCAAACCUCGGUUCGGGAACGCGUUGCCGCGCUCGAGGGGGUGCAAAGUCCGGGGACAGCAGCCAAUGUGCCGCCUCACCACACGCCUUCUCAGACGAUGAAAUCCUGGGCACAGGAGGUUAGCGGAGACGGCGGCAGCCAUAGCUCCUCAUGCGCACUGGUGUCGGCAGCGGUGCCCGGCGGACGCCUCGGUGUAGCCCAAACGCGGUCCGCUCCCUCGCCCUCAGCGACUACUCUGACCAACGCUGUAGCUGAUGCGCUUCAGCGACAGGCCGUCAUCGCGGCCGCCUCCAGAACGGCAGCUGUGGUGAUUCCGCAGCCUUCAGUCCGCAGCGGUUCCGGCUCCGGUAGCGGCACUGGUAGCGGUAGCCGUAGCGGCGCGGACCAUCAACCGUAUCCCAGUCUGUACUCGCCAACGGGUACGCUCGACAGCGGCGGCGGCAGGUAUGGGAGCUCGCCAACACUUCCGGGCGGAGCUGGGGCCCGCUGCCCGGCGAUGGCAGUGGCUGCAGGAUUAGCUUCCAGGCCGUCGGCGGCGACGCCGGCGGUACAGGUCGCUAGGAGCAUUGACGGCGAUCCCGGCACUCAUCGAUCGACGCCACGGCAACAUGCCUUACAACUGCUGCCACAGCAGCAGCAUCAACAGCAACGACCGCAGCACCACAACCAGUCAAAGCACCAAUCGCAGCAGCAGCAGCAAUCGCAGUUUAUGGCAACACUCCGUGCUUCCGGCAACGUCGCAGCAGCUUGGAGGGCAGCGGCGGCCAAGUCAACGUCUUCGUACUCCAGCGUUCGGAGUUGCUUCCGCAGUAACUCUGGGCAGCACCAGCACAGCAUGUUGGGCUCUGACGCGACUGCUGUUGCGACGGUAGUGGCUGUGAGUCGGGCGGCGCCGUUGGGUGUUGGGGAGGAGAAGCACGCACUCGGCAGGACUAGCGGCCACGUGGCUGCUGCCGCCGCAACAGCAGCAGCAGUGAAAUGGAGUGGUGGGCUGGAGCAUUUGCCGGGCAACGGCGCCUUCACCACAGUCCUAGGAGGAGGAGUCAUGCCGGUCACGGGGGGCACCACCCCAAUGGCCGGUAGCAGCCCUGCCUCCCCACCGCGACUACCGCCCCACCCUCGUGGGCACCAAUCUGGGACAACGUUUGCCAAUCGGCUUCCAUCCUCGGAGACCUACGUGUCGAAGACCUUGCCACCGUCCAAUGCCAACGAAGCCGCCGCUGUUACUCCCGCCGCCGCUGCUAUUGCGAAUCCGGCUACUCCUGCCGUUGUUACUGCCAGCGCGGCUGCAGGGCUAACGACGCCGGGCAUCCUUGCCAAGGCUAAGUCCGCCCGCGGCGAACGCAUGACGCCUCUGACGGCGCGGUUGUGGGCCUUUAAGUCGUACCGUACACCUAGGCCCGCGGUGGCCACUCCCGUCGCCAGGCUGGGUGAAGAGGAGGCGGAGCCUCUGCCACCGCCACCGGCAUAUCCACCGGGCUUUGUCGGCUGGGCAACCAAGAUGUUCUCCAAGAGCAAGAAAAAUAAGCUUGCGUCCUUGAAGUAG